CAGUGAAUGACUUUCACUCAAACAAUGUGCCUGAGCAGAAGAAGCUGAGAUUCGCUUCCACUUAUGUAGAAAAAUGUUAAUCAAUGAAAGAAACCACUUUUGGUCAGUAGGAAUUGAACGAAGCAGAUCUGAAGGAAAUUUGGUUGACAUGGAAGCCCAAAAACUCUCAAAAACUUGCAAUAUUACAGAAGUCCACGGCUCAAGACAGCUUUCCAAUAGGCCAGAUGCUUCUGCUCUUCAUGGCCAUGAUACCUCCAAGGCUACCAAUCCAUUCUGGAAUAAACUGUCUGCUUCGAACCCAUUUUUGGACGACAUAACUCAGCUAAGAAAUACCCAGAAGAGAGAAACGAUUUCCAUCUUGAAGGAAGAUCCUUUGCUGUUUUUAAGAGAAAUAGAAAUGGGAAAUUCUUUCGAUUCUUCCGGCGAUGAGCUCGAUGUGCACCAGUUACUGAGGCAGUCUUCCUCCAGGAAAUCGGGAAGAUCCAAAAGUGUCUCAGAACUUCUGGACAUUCUAAAUGACACAGCACAUGCUCAUCAGACAAUGCAUAACUCCGACCAGAUCCUAGUUCAGGACCUAGAAUGGCUUCAGAAUGAUCGAGAAGCUUAUAAAAUGGCCUGGUUAAGUCAACGUCAGCUGGCCCGUUCCUGCCUGGAUUUGAAUACAAUGAACCAGAGUCCUGGUUGGGCCCAGACACAAGUAGCAGAGACCAUCAGCAUUUGUAAAUUAAACCACCAAGGAGGCUCCAUACAGAUACCUGAAUCAGAUAUCACCGUCCACGUGCCCCAAGGCCAUGUGGCUAUGGGAGAAUGCCAGGAGGUCUCACUCAGAGCUUUCCUGCAUCCUCCACAAAUACUAAACCAUCAUCUUUCAUGUACUGUCAGCCCCCUGUUGGAAAUCAUGUUAAGCAACCUUAAUACAAUGGAAGCUAUUUUGCUGGAGAUGAAAAUUGGGGCUGAAGUGAAAAAGGAUCCUUUUAGCCAAGUCAUGACAGAAAUAGUUUGUUUACACAGUUGGCAUAAAGAAGGCCCUUUCAAAGUGUUGAACAACUGCUAUAUCUAUAAAGACACUAUCCAAGUCAAGUUAGUUGAAUUGAGUCGGGUGAUGUAUGUAGUGAUUGCUGCCCAGGCCAAAGCCAUUCGACCACCAGCUGCCACUAUUUGGGAUUAUAUCCACAAAACCACCUCGAUUGGAAUUUAUGGACCCAAAUACAUCCACCCCAGUUUCACUGCUGUUUUCACAGUCUGCGGACACAGUUAUAUGCCAUGCAGACUUACAGUCUCUGAUAUUAAUAAAGGUGGGAAAAGUGCAUCUCCAGUUGUGUUUCAGCUCUGGGGAAAGCAUUCAUUUGUACUUGACAAGCCUCAGGAUUUAAACAUUUCAGUUUUCUCAUGUGAUCCUGAUUUUGAAGUAAAGUUACAAGGAGAAAAGAAAGAAAUUAAACAAAAGCAGUUGGAAACAGGAGACAUAAUUCAUGGGCAAGUUUUAUUUUCUCUAGUUGAUCACAAAGAAAUGCACUUGUUUGUCUUCCGUAUUCAGGUGGAGCCUCCCAAUGGUAGACCGAUUACACAGUUCUUUAUCACUUCACCAGACCCAGCCCCAAAUCUGAAAAGGCUCUCUAAUCAGCCAGAUUCUUUGUGGAAAGGGAAAGAAGCUAAGUCUGUUCCUUUACUGCCAGUGGUAUUUGUAAAAUACCCCACAUUCCAGAAUAAAAAAGUGUACUUUACCAACUAUGGUGUGACCCUGAAGACUGUGCUCAGACAAAGCAAGAUCGAAUACUUGCUUGAAUAUUUUAAAGGAGACACAAUCGCUCUCCUGGGAGAAGGGAAGGUAAAAGCCAUUGGGCAGUCCAAAGUGAAAGAGUGGUAUGUGGGCGUCCUCAGAGGUAAGGUUGGCCUUGUGCAUUGCAAAAAUGUCAAGAUAAUCUUAAAAGAGCAAGUAAUGGCUACAUCUGAUACUGAGUUUAUGACAAGGAACCUUCUUGAACAGAUUGUCCUGCCAUUUAAAAAACUGACUUAUAUAUACUCAGUUGUAUUGACGUUGGUGUCAGAAAAAGUUUAUGAUUGGAAAGUUUUGGCUGAGGUGCUGGGUUAUUCACAUUUGGCUCUGCAAGAUUUUGAUGGAAUACAAACAGAUAAAGAAUCAGAAAAGGUUUCUUUUGUUGUAAAGAAGUUAAAGGAAGAUUGCCACGAAAAUAGAAAUACAAGGAAGUUUCUUUAUGAACUUAUUGUGGGUCUGCUCAAGAUGGAUUGCCAAGGGUUAGUGGCACAACUCAUCCAGGAGGCUGUUAUUCUGACUUCAGCUGUCAAACUUGGAAAGGGCUGGAGAGAACUUGCUGAGAAGGUUGUACGGCUCACAAAACAACAGAUGGAGGCCUAUGAAAUUCCCCACCGUGGCAGAACUGGAGAUGUUUCUGUAGAGAUGAUGUGGAAACCUGCCUAUGAUUUUCUGUAUAACUGGAGUUCGCACUAUGGAAACAGCUACAGAGAUGUGUUACAAGACCUUCAAUCAGCUUUAGACAGAAUGAAAAAUCCUGUGACCAAACAGUGGAGAGAUCUAACAGGAACUUUAAUAUUAGUGAAUUCCUUAGAAGUUUUGAGGGUAACUGCAUUCUCUACACCUGAGGAAGUAUAGAAAUGGCACGAAGAGGGGACAAAUGUGUGUAUGUUUGAAAGAGAUGAAUCUCAGAAAGUGUAUUGUACUUAUUUUCUUUAUGUUUGAAAAAAUGCUAUUUUUUAAUCUGGUGAAAGCAAUGCCUUGCAUUGUAUCCAGAGUUGGGUUUUAUAAUCAAACACCUUCUUGGCUUAUUCAAAGGCAAACACUAGCGGCUUCAUUGCUGAGAAAGCAAAGACAAGACCUUUUUUGAAGUUACUUUCAAUUUUCUUAGGUUAAAACAGAUUACUACUAGAAUAAUAUUGCACAGAUGUAUGUGUAUAAAGAGUUGACAGAGGGACCCUGAGUUUCCUGGUAAACUAGAAAAGGAGAGGAGCCCAUCACAGGACUGCAAGCUUUCUGGACAUAGUCUUUUAUAUUCCUUGGUGUUGCUAGCCAAUAUCACUCCCAUUCUUCAUGUGGAAAGUGAAGGCCUGAAGAAGAUACCCAAAGCCAAUGUAAAAUAAAACACUUGCAAAAUUCAUGCCAUGUACUCAAAUAGUAAAAAGAAUAAUAAAUAAGAAAGAAUAUUGAAGCUUACAGCAAAAUUGUAGUUAUUCAUUUUAAAUGAAGCUCGUUCAUCUCUUUUCACAUGUCUUGAAAGAUUGCCUCAAGAAAUACAUGACUUUUCAGAAAUAUGUUGUCUGCAUACCUGGGCCUAGUUUUUAUCUACUUCCUUCAGCAUGUUGGGACCUAUCUAAUUAUGCCUAACUUGGACUUUAGCUGCAGGAUCCAAAUGCAAAGUAGUUCUUUGGCUCACAGAGAUUUUUUUUAAGAUAAUAAGAGUUAUUAAAAACAACAUCAAUCGCCCAAGCCUGAUUUAUCAUUGUUGAUUGUAACAGUUUUAAC